GGUAAAAGCCUCAUGUGAUGAUACCGAACACUGUAUGACGUACCGAGCUCGUGAGAGUGCAAGUGCUUCCCGCGCGGGUGAUAUAGUGAGAGUGCUUAUUUAAUUCAUAUAUAUUAAUAUCUACCGGUGAAAAAAUAUUAUUUUUUUUUAUACUAGACUGUCGAUUUGGUUGUUAUUGUUGUUGUUUUUGUUGUUGAUAUUGUUAUAAGUAUAAGAACUGUGCUAUUGAUGUUAAAUUGUUAAAAUGAAGAUCUUCGUGUUGGCAAUUGUCAUUUUCGCCCUUAAUGGUUAUGUAACGAGAGCCACAUCAUUGGACCCUCUCGAAAACGUAGAAAUCGAUGAGACGAAAACCGAUAGAGACGAUUCGAGAACCAAGAGAUCUGGGAAUAUAUUUUCAUCACUAUUGAAGAAAAAAUUAGGAUUACUCGGCUCAUUAUCCGGCACAUCAUCGGGUAAAUCUAUUGGUCAUUCCGCGGAAAACUUUCCAGAACAUUUCGAAGAACCAUUGUCUUACCACACAAAAUCGUUCAAUUUGUGGGGCAUUAAAAAAGCCAUCAUGGGUUCAGUGUUUCAAGCUGCAAAAGCAAUAACGGGUGGAGUGAUUGCUCUCAAGGGACAAUUGAUCAAAGCUAAAGGGCAUGUGGUCGUGGCUAAGGGCAAGCUGAUGCAGACCAAAGGCGAAGCGAUUUCAAACUUUGGUAAAACAAUUGCGACACAUGCGUUCGAUGUCCAUCAGGAACCACAACUGGACAUACAUUCCAGCGUAGGCCUAUACAACCAUUUACCUGUAGCGCCGAUACACCAGCCAACCAGUUACGGAACUGCUACUGCGUUUGGAUACCAAGGACAAGUGUACCCGAGUAACGGGUACCAAGGUAACGCGUAUUCCAGCAACGCGUACCAAGUUGCGGCCCCCAGUUACCAGACAGGAUUUGGGGUUCCACAAACAGGAUACGGCGGUAGCGUGGCUUACAACGGAUACGGCGGUAACGGCUUUACGGCAAAAAGAGCCGCAGUGCAGAAUGCACAGGAAUCCACUUCCAAUCAAGUGCAAAGUGCAUUCGACAAGGAUUCGGUUCACGCAGGAUUGUUGAUCUUCAAACCGAUCAAAAUGCCUGUGCAGAACGUACCGACGGGCGGUAAUCUAGCGUCGUCUCCAAGCACGGCUAGCACACAGCAGGUGAUCGGCCAAAGGCCUUCGCAGCAACUGAGCGGAGCGUUCAAUCCUACGGACUUUAAGACGCCGCCGCAGCAACUGAGCGGUGCGUUCAAUCCCACGGACUUUAAGACGUCGCCGCAGCAAGGUUAUGGAUUUCAAAAACAAUUUCCCGCCGGAUUCCAAGCGAACGCGCAAUCCGAAGAAUACUUGCCGUACUUAAGUCCCGGUUACCAAGCACAGAACUUUGGUUACCAGACGCCGAACCUCGGUUACCCUUUGAACGUUGGCAGCGCCGAACAGGUCGCGGGUCAGAGUUACAACAACGGGCUGCAGAACUUCGACUUCCAACAACCGGCCAACAGUCAAGAGUUGGGACAACAGCUGCAGGCUGCGAUCUCUGCGGGCCAACAGCUGCAGCAGCAGCCGUCCUUUUCGCAAGAGAGUUACAACAGCGACCAACCCGACUUGACUUCGGGCACGGAUGAGCGGAUAGCCCAGCCGUCGUACAAACACGCUAGUCUGGCGGUCAACCCCAAGCGAAGUGUGCCUGCAGGACCGUCAUUGGCCGAACGACUCUCCGCUGCGGCGGCCCAGUCGAAAUCGCCGGUUAUCACGAGCUACGGUGACGACGGCGAAGCAGCGAAAACGAAAAAACGAAGCGCACCAUUGCCACCGUCUCACGCAGACGCAAUCGUGCCGUUGAAGUACCACGACGACACGACGGCGGAGGAUCAAGCCAGAUUGAAGCACACCGUCCAACGGUUUUUCAGCAUGCUACAGACACAACGCUGAACGUAUCUACUAUCUACUUAUGGACUUAAAAGUAAUCUACGGAAUCAGAAUAAUUGUGAGAAAAACCAUUCACACAAAUCAAACAUAGUCGGAAUCGUCUUCAAACGACUAUGUUUACAUAGCUAGUCACUUUUAUGAUGUAUUAUUUUUUAUGAAUGUGCAACCCAUUGUUUUAUAUAUAUUUUUUUUAUUACUUAUUAGUUAUAUUCUUACGUUUAUAUUGAAACAUAUAAGUUGCUCAAAUUCAAAUAAGAAGAAACAUAUUUGAUUUAAAAAUGUGUGUGAAGAAGUAUUUAAAAUUAUCAUAGCAAUUAUUUAUUAAUAAAAAAUCGUGUUUUGUUUUUUCACGUUUUGAAGCCAGGGAAAGCAAAAAUGAUUUAUUUUAUAAACACAUAAUAUAUAUUAUAGUAGAUACUUAUUGUAAAUUGUUAAUUGUGUAUUAGUAGGUAUAUUAUGUAGUUAAGUAGUAAUCAUUUAAUACGUUCAUCAAUUUAGUUCAAAAUAAAUUAUGGGUUUAGUAUAACACAUAUAGUUUAGAAAACAUAGUGUAAAUAUGAAAUUUGUCACAAUUUAAUACAAAUAUAAAACUAUUAAUUGUAAAUUGAUUAAAAUAAAAUUAUUGUAUAAUAUAACAUAAUAUAAUAUACCCAUAAUUUUAAAUUA